AUGGAGGCGCUGCCCGACGAGCUGCACGUCCACAUCUUUUCUUUUCUCACCGUGUUCGAUCUAUGCCGAUCUGUUGAGGCUGUGUGCCGGCAGUGGCAGCGACUGGCGGGCGAGGCGUCGCUGUGGCGCGGGCUGAUGCUGGCCGACUGCCGCUCGCCCGGCCGCGUGCGCCAGGUGGUCGAGGCGGCGGCGCAGAUCGGCUCCGACCACACGCAGCAGCAGCUGCUACUCCACCACAGCUCGCCGCACCUGCUGCCCUCGGUCCUCCACCCGGCGGCCUCCGCGUCGCCAUCAAGCUCGCCGGCGUCGGGCUGGAAGGCGACCACUACUAGCGCGAUGCCGCACUCUGGGCUGAAGCACUGGUACCGCCAGCUGCGAGCCGAGGAGCGCAACUGGGCCACCGGCCGGUAUCGCACCUUGGACAACGAAGCCCUCCGGACCCAGAAACCACAUCAUCCUGGCGGAUGCGAGUAUGUCGAUAUCAGCGGGCGAUACGUGGUGAGCGGUGGUUGGGACUUCGGACUCAAGAUCUAUGACUUGCAGCAGCGCCAGGCGGAAGGUGACUCGGGCGACGCGAAGGACUCGUUGCACCUGCUGGAGCCUAUAAAGCAGAUACACAACGCGCACGCCGAUGGUGUGCUGAGCGUCAAGAUUGUCGGUGGUACGGGCCACUCGCUCAGCGAGAUUCGAUUCAAUGGUCAGUUCCUGUCGUGCAGCGAAGAGGCUAUAGCGCUGUGGGACCUUGAAUCAGGCGCGCUUCAGAAGACGUUCCAGAUCGACGAUGGGUCCUUCGUCUUCGCCGACAUCGACAGACACGCUCGCUUUAUCGCCGCAGGCACGGAACAGGGACAUUUGGUGGUUUGGAAAAGCGAAGGAGAACAGAUGCUGAAGACGAGUUCCUGGAGAGAAGAGGAGAAGCGCGUCCACGAAGACAGCCACCUAUCAAUGAUGGCCGCGGCAGAGGAGGACCUGUUCUCCUCCCACUCCUCCCCUCCGCCGCUCGAUUUGAUCUCAUCGCCGCCGGGUUCUGUGAACCUCUUCCCUCCGUCCUUCUUCACCACCUCGCCCGCUUCGUUCAUCUCACCACCGCCAUCAUCACCAUCAUCGCCAUUGUCGCAACUAUCAUCAUCACCAACUUCUGAUAACGCGUCCAGCGCAUCCUCGCCGCCGCGCUGGCGCAACCUGCAGCUGGUCCCCGCGCACACGAAGCGGACGAGAGUCGUCCACUUCCCCCGGUGGAGCGACGGCGAGCUGCUCGUGAGCGCCUCCUACGACGGCAUGAUCGCACUGUGGCGCACCGAAUUCUUCUCCACCCACCACCACCACCACCACCACCAAGCAGUCGCGCCCUCAUCGACCUCAUCAGCGCACGGAAGCGAGCCGCGAGCGUUCUACCACGCAUCGGACGUCGUGUGCCUCAGCUCCUCCGAGUCGGACCCGCAUCUCCUGUUCUCGGGUGGCUUCGAUUGUGCGGCGAAGCUGUGGGAUCUGCGCAUGGCGGCCAGCCCGAUCGCGCGGGCCAAGGGAGCGCCUCCCUCCUCAGCUAUUGCUGGGUACGAGUGGAAGGACAUCACCCGACGAUACUACACCACCACACUGGACUGUGACGACUGGAAGCUCAUCGCCGGCGUGGGGCACCAGCUGUGGAUUUGGGACAGGCGAAAGUUGGGCGAGUGCAUGUACACGAUCGACGCGUGCAGUCCCGAAGAAGAAGUCUGGAGUGCGCGAGCGUGGGGUCCCCACUUGGUGACGGGAUCGCGGGACGGCUACGUGCGCCUUAUCGACUUCUCCCGCUCCUGA